AUGGAUGAUUUCGAAGGAGAGAGCAGUCAAAACGAUAUCUUUUCGAAUCAUGUGACAGCUGCGACUUCAGAUGUUGAAGAUACCAAGGCAAAGCAGAUCAAGGAGAACCUCCAAAAAUACGAACAAUUGUUCGGCGCAGAUGAGGAUGCUUUUGAUCAGCCGACUACCACGAAGAAGGAAUUGUGGUCCUAUUAUCUAUACUACAAUUCACAACAGGGAGACAACGGCGUUGGUCCAGGAUCAUAUUCCCAAGCGCUCUUCCAGUCAGCGCUGAGUGGAGAUGGCUGGGAUCCAGCCAUAAGCCCAAUUGCAAAGGGCAACUGUACCACUGGUGGUUGUGUCGUGGCGUGGGGCUCAGGAACUAAGUCUGUAGCCAGUGUCGUGCUUAUUGCUAACGGCAUCUGCUUCGCCGUCAUGACAGUCAUGUUUGUUUCCCUCGGAUCAGCAGCAGAUUACGGCAAUUUUGGACGUUGGUUGCUCCUCGUCCUCACUGUCAUCUGUUGGGUAUUCCAGUACUGUAUGAUGUCCAUCAGACACGCGUACCAAUGGCCUGCAGGCAUGGUUUUGUACAUCAUAUCUUAUAUCGCAUAUGGGGCGACUUUGGUAUUCUAUGCGGCGUUGUUUCCACGACUUUCGCGGUUUAUGCCGCACGUGAGAAAAGCGAGGGAGGAAGACUUGAAGGACGGGAAAAUCAGCCAGGCAGAGUAUGACAAGAUCGAAAGUCUAGAGCGAAAUCAUAUCUCCAGUGUCUCUACAGCACACUCAAACAUCGGAUAUCUCCUGACUCUAGUCAUCAACCUCUCGGUCCUUCUACCACUGGAGGGCAAUUCUUUCGGAAACAAUCUGGCCUUAUGUUUGACCAAUACAUUUCAGACUGGGUGGUCCUUGGAAUCUGGUGGUUCAUCUUUCAGCAACCUCGACCCGGCCCAAAGAUGCCGCAGGGGAGCAGCUACAUGA